AUGCGUUUGCCUGUAACCGUUGAUCUGAAACCGGAACCUGGCUCUCAAACCGUGUGCCUAAAGCGGACAUCGAUCCUUGCCAGUAUGAUGCGUCCUCGAUCCUGGGUGCAUCCUAACGGUGGAGCUUGCCACUUGUUACACAUUCUCCUGCUGACCCUGGCGUGCCAUUCCGCGACCGUUGCGGCUGUGAUAAACGAUGGUAGUGCGCUAGAUCCACGGUGGUUCGAAAGCGAAACCUUCCAUCACCCAUCAACGCAUCGAGAAUGGGACCACAAGCUCGAACUGCACGGUAGCAUUCAGCCAACCUAUCACUGCCCACGGACGAAACGAGCCCUUCGUUCAUCAUCGCUGGACGAUGAAGUUAUCGAGGGCCAUCUUCUGAAGAACGCACACGGUCGUCACCGGGAAGAGCUCACGAUCCAGUAUGGGAUGCGAGGCGAAUCGAUGACACUAGAUCUGACGUUGAACGAAAACCUGAUCCCCGGAGGGUACAGCUUCCUGCAUCAGACACCCGACGGACGUGAUAUCCUCGAGCAACUCGACCGGCAGGAUGUGGAGUUGUGUCACUACGAGGGAACCGUACGAGAACGACCAGGUUCGCGGGUCGCUUUGUCUACGUGUGGUGGCGCAAUCGAGGGUGUCAUCUACGAACGUAACGAAACCUACCUCAUCGAGUAUCACAACAACACACACCUGCUGUACAGAACGCGGCAUAAGCGUGAACUCCUGCUCGAGGAUCCAGCAGUCAGUGGAACUGCUGUAGGGAACAACGUCGCCAAGGUCGCCUUUACUGCGGGUUACCGUGAGAACGCGGAUUCGUUGUUCGUCGAGCUGGCACUCGUCGUCGACCGGACGCUGUUCCUUAAGUUUGGCUCAAACGUCCAGCGCAUCCACCAACACUGUCUGUCGGUGGCGAACGUGCUUAAUGAGCUGUACCGUCCGCUCAACAUCUACAUCGCGCUCGUUGGCGUGGUACUGUGGAACACGCGUGACAACAUCGUCAUCUCGACGGACUCCAAGCAAACGUUGACAAGCUUCCUGGCGUAUCGGCGUGAUCAGCUGUUGCGGCAGAUCCCCAACGAUAACGCGCACUUGUUAACGGCGGUACGCUUCCCGGACGGUGUCAUUGGGAAGGCUGAGCUCGGAUCCAUGUGUACUGCGGCCGGUUCCGGUGGGAUCGCUGUGGUCGAGAACUUCAUCGUAACACCACUCGCGACCACGAUCGCGCAUGAGCUGGGCCACAACUUUAACAUCGAUCACGAUUCGGAGGAGUGUGGUGGCGUACGAUGUCCUGGACCGGGUCCCUGCAUUAUGGAGGCGAAAUUGCGCGAUACCUCCGACAUCCCGAACCGGUGGAGCACGUGCAGUGUCGAGGACUUGGAGGAGUCACUUAAGCGUGGUCUUGGUGCGUGUCUGCGCAACAAACCCGCCCGGAUGCUGGUGCGAGCCGUCUGUGGUAAUGGGUUGCUCGAACCCGGUGAACAGUGUGACUGUGGACGGCGUGAUUCCUGCGAUAACGCGUGUUGCGAUGCGCGCACGUGUCAGUUGCGCGCGAACGCCACGUGUGCUAUGGGGGCAUGCUGCGAUUUGGCCACUUGUCAGCCGAAACCGGCGGGUGCUGUGUGCCGUCAGGCGACUGGAGAGUGUGAUCUGCCAGAGUACUGUGAUGGGCGAACUGAGCUUUGUCCGCGGGAUGUGUACUUGCGCGAUACGAGCCCAUGUCGGAAGGGUGAAGCGUAUUGUUAUCAGGGCGCGUGCCAUACGCGUGACAGCCAAUGUCAGGUGUUGUGGGGUCCAACGGCACGGUCUGGCCCGGAGGUGUGUUAUGAAACAAAUGCGAAUGGGACGGUGUUUGGGAAUUGUGGCAACGAGCUGGCCACGGACCGAUAUGAAAGGUGUGAAGGACACGAUCUCGCCUGUGGACUGUUGCACUGUACACAUCGAAACGAGAAGCUCGAGUAUGGUGUGGAGGCCUACGCGAAACGUACAGCUACAAAAUACCAGCACUAUGGUCCACGGGGGACAGUCCGGACAACGGUUUGCAACGCGGUCAUCGUAGAUCUUGGUCCGGAUGUCACCAACCCGGGAUUGGCUCCCGAUGGCACUAAAUGCGGAACCGGACGCAUGUGUUUCCGGCAGCGUUGUGUGGCCAUUAGCCGGCUGCAGGAGGAACGUGACAUUGGCGAUGAGUGUCCUUACGGAUGCAGCGGAAAUGGAGUGUGUAACAGCGAGGGUCAUUGUCACUGUUUACCGGGCUUUGCGCCGCCUUUCUGCGAUGGUCCAGGUGAAGGUGGUUCGAUCGAUAGUGGACCCGUAGGUCGGAGCGCGCUAACUACGCACGAUCUGUUGCUGCUGGUGUUUGUUCCCUCGAUGAUCAUUGCCGGUGUCCUGGUAACGGUCAGCGUGAUCCUGUUGAUCGCCAAACGUGCACUCGUAAUGGCGCAUUUACGCACCGUGUUGAAGCGCUUCCGUGAGCGAAAGUACGGCAAUAUAGUUGCGCCACCGGCCACGGGUGGCGCCACCGAGAGACGUCCGGCACCAACGGUUAGUCCACCUCCUCCACCACCUCCCAUCCCGGGUCCACCAAAGGAACCGCAGUGUUUCAUCAACAUCAGCAAAGACGGCAAAGUGACGAUCGAGAACAAGCUGUACGAUUCGCCGUUCCUGCACAAGACCAGCGUGGUUGAUCGACACGAGGCGUUCCGGAUGCGACUACUGCAGGAGCGCUCGUAUAGCGUCGAAAGCACUGCAUCCUCUGAGCAUCCACUGGUGACGGCGGAAACCCAUGAACCACGUCGAGAGGAGCGAUUGGGUGAAUCUGAGGAGACUCCAGAAAACCGUACAUUCGGAUCGGUGCUACAGGAACUGCAGCAAGCGGACCGGAAGCGGACGUUCCAGAACCACAGAUCGAAAAGCGACGAAAGACCCGCGGCCAGGCAGCUGCCCAAACUGACCCGGCAACGUACGGUCGGUGAUUUUGAUUCGAUCGAACGGCUGCCUGAGGCGGAUGAAGACGAACCGAUCUCGAAACCGGCCACUCCAAAACCGGCAGCGAUACCGCGACCACUGCCAAGGGUUGCCCUUGGAGCCACAUCCCGACAGCUGCCGGCGACGCCCGGUAGUGGGACGACACGUGGGGCCACUUCCGGUGCCAACGUGGCUGCGCUAAAAGCGAAACUCAAUCUAGCGGAAAUCGGUGCGAGGCGAUAG